UCACUGGUUGAGAAUCGAUCAAAACAUAUCAUCACAAAUUUCGAAUUGAACAAGCACUACAUAUAUAUGCUGAUCUUUUAUUUAUAUACAUAUCAUUCUGAAGCAAAAUUUGUUCAUGCUUCUUAUAAAAUUCUUCAACCUUUAUUGAUUUUGUUCUUGCAGGGUAGGGUUUGUUUUGGUCAUUCAUCAUUUUCUCUAUAUUUGCAUAUAUAUAUACAUAUAUUUAUGUAUAUAUUUUCAAAUUUCUUCUAGGAUAUAGGAGAGUUCUCAAGGCCUAGGAAAAAUAAAUUUAUGGUUAUCAUCAUCAUCAUCAGAUUGCUUUAAUUCGUUACCAAACAUGGCUGAGAGGGAGAGAAUUUGCAUAUCAGACGAAAACCAGAGCGAAGAAAGUAACAGCAACAACAUCAUCAUCAGAGAGAAACCCCCUUGUUCGUUUUCUACUUCUCUGUGUAUUCAAAAGAGUUCGUUGUUUAAUCUGAACGAAGAAGCUGUGGACGAUCUUGGUGGUGGAGGAUCGUCCUCGUCCUCGUCAUCAGGAGAAGGUAAUGUGAGUAGCAGCAACAAGUCAUCAAGUUCAGAAGUGAAAGAGAGAACAAAUAGUGUGAGGCAAUAUGUGAGAUCCAAAAUGCCAAGGCUUCGUUGGACUCCUGAUCUCCAUCUUGCCUUUGUUCGUGCUGUUGAAAGGCUUGGUGGACAGGAAAAAGCAACGCCCAAGUUAGUUUUACAGUUGAUGAAUGUGAGAGGGCUUAGCAUUGCUCAUGUAAAGAGCCAUUUACAGAUGUAUCGAAGCAAGAAACUUGACGAGUCUGGCCAAGUUUUAUCCCAAAAUAGGGCAACAUUGCAAGGACGAAGAGAUCGCAUUUUGGAUGUGUACGAGAGAUUUAGGGCUCGAGGAGGACACCUUGGGAUUGAUAACUAUCUCCCAACAUUACCUCUCGUUAUGAAGCCGACAUUCGACUUUAAAUCUCAUGGCUCUUCAAGAUUCGAAGCAGGUGAGACAAGACCAAGUUCAUGGGUAGGGUGGAGCAACGCGUUAGGGUUGUGUGAGGUUGGCAGAGACAGAAGGAUGAUUCAGAGGAAGAAGAUUGGAGGGUGUGGUAACCUAUUAUUUGAGGUUAACGAUGCUAAUAAUAUUAGAAUAAGAAAUGGACCUCUUACUCUUAGGCCAAACCCAUUCCUCGAAGACAAGAAAUGGCCUCCUCGUGAAACACCUGACAAACCUUAUUGGGAUGACAAACGUUGUCCAUGGAGCCCCACUAAAUGCUUUUUUAUCAAAGCUAAUCUUCAUCAUGAACCUAUUUCCUUCACCCACCUCGACUUUGAUGCUCAGGUUCAUCAUGACGUUCAAAAAGAUGUGACGCCAUGUUUCAGAAAUCAGAAUCACUUAUCAGAAACAGGUGAAGUUAAAGGCCAAUUAGAGAGCUUGAAGGAGAGGAAAGAAGCACCCAGUUUGCUUAAGCCAUGUUUAGCCCAAGAUUCUGCAAUUAAUGUUGCAGAAGUGAACAAUCCUGAUCUUCCAGGUAAUGAUGGAGCAAUCAAUACGAUGUUGUCUCUUUCAUUGUAACAAUAUAAAUCUGCUUUAAUCAUAAGUUCAGAAUAAAGGGCUCAUGUGUACGAGAGACAGAGAGGGUGAGUACUUAAGAACCUGACUCUGAUGGAUCAAAAAUUAUAGACAGCAGAAUAUAGGGGUGAGAUCUUUCUAAGCACUUUCCUUGGAAGGCCAUAUAUGUAAUUUCAUGGAUGGAUAUUAUUAUUAACUACCGAGGAGUUCGAACCAGACAA